GUGAUUUGCUUAAUUGCCCCCAACCUCCACCACAGCUAAGAGCCACACCACCAAAAUCCUACCGAACACCAAGAAAAGCCACCAACAAACCAUCCUCAAUGGUGGCUUCUCUCCCCCACCGCAUGGCGUCAUCAUUGUACUCCUCCUUGAACCCUCUACUAACCCCUUCUCUCCGACUCCUGUCGAACCCACUUCCCGUUUUCUCCUCCUCUAUCCCACGGAGCACAGAAACUGUAAUCAAUUUUUCAUCUUUCAGUAGGACUUCUAGCAGUAAAAGUGGUGAAAUUUGUGGAACCAAGAGGAAUGGAGUUCCCCUAUCCUGGGCUUUGGCGACUGAUUCUUCGGGCUCCACUGCUGCUGCUGUGUCUACAGAAGAAGGGAAAAAGGAUGGGGUUUCAUCUUCUGAGGGCAGAGUCGUGCUUCCAACUAACGAAUCAUCAGAGAUACUGCUAAGAAUUCGGCAUACAGAAUUGAAAAUGGAAGAAACUCAACCCAUUCUUGUGUGGCCUAUGGGGAACAAGUGGUUUAGAGAUGUUCAUUUUUCCAGAUCUUCUGUUAGCAAGUGGAAGUUCACUCCGAAUGCUUUAGGGAUGGGCUUCAGCAUCAAGAUAGUCCUUCCCUAAUGUUUGACCGAGUGCAACAUCAGAGUGCCUCCAGGAGGCAGACUCAAGUGUGUACAAAUCAUGCUUGAUUCUAGAGCAAUGAGAAGGGAACAAUUUGUUCUACACUUGAACUCCUGUUGGUAUUAACCUGCUGUUAAUUCCUCACAACAAGAGAAGCAGCAUACAUCUGUCUCGUUCGCUUGUCCUAUAUGUCUAUAUGACUAUACUUUGCGGCUGAUUGACCAAAUCAAACUGCUCGAAGGCAUUAAGCUUUGUCUGCCUCCGGUCCCUUUUAACUAAAUUUUGUAUUGGGUGACUUUAUCACAAAAAUAAGCUCAAAUAUUUCUGUCUUUGGGUUGGAGCAGAUGAAAGUAGUUUUGCGGACAGACUUUUGAUCUGAAGCAGUGUAUUUGCAACUAUGGUAAAAUUUAUAAAGAAUGAAGAUUCCUUAAUUCCAUGAGUAGAUUAUUUCCAUCUGAUAAUCCUCUCUUUUAUUGCCACGAUUUUAUGGGAGUCUUGUAGCUUUACAAAAUCAUGUAUGUUUCCCCUUUUUUGGCAUUUUCAAACUGCGCAAGUGGGAGAAGGAACCACAUUGGUUAGGGGAAUCUAAGAAAUGUAACUGAUGUCUCCCUUACAAAGAAUUUUCUGGAAAAGCAACUUGGGAGUCAUUGCUUUUACAAUGUUAGAAAGUGGGAACCCAAACUGCAGUUGAUUAUUAUUUCAGUUAGAGUAGAAUUUUGGAGUUCGUAUUCCUAACACAUAUUGCACUUCAGAGAUGUGGUACAUUGUGAUGAAAGAUCUGGAAAACCAACUUUCUUGCACAAUCCAUUUUCAGCAACCUCAAUGCUUACAAAAAGCAGUGUGCACAUGUGAUGGCUAUGGCUGUUCAAAGGCUCUACCCAGAUGCAAAAGUGACAAUUGGUCCAUGGAUUGAAAAUGGUUUUUACUAUGACUUUGAUAUGGAGCCAUUAACUGACAAGGACCUCAAGAAAAUCAAGAAGGAAAUGGAUUGUAUCAUUGGGCAAAACUUACCACUAAUUAGAGAAGAAGUUAGCCGAGAUGAAGCUCAAAGAAGGAUACUUGCUGUCAAUGAACCUUACAAGAUAGAAAUCUUGGAAAGCAUUAAGGAGGAACCUAUCACCAUAUAUCAUAUUGGCAAUGAAUGGUGGGAUCUUUGUGCUGGGCCUCAUGUUGAAUCGACAGGAAAUAUUAGAAGGAAAGCUGUUCAACUUGAAUCAGUUGCCGGUGCCUACUGGAGAGGAGACACAAAUAAGCCAAUGCUACAAAGGAUCUAUGGUACAGCAUGGGAAGAUGAAGAACAAUUGAAAGCAUACCUUCAUUUUAAAGAAGAAGCAAAACGCCGGGAUCACCGGCGAAUUGGACAAGAUCUUGAUCUGUUCUCUAUACAGGAUGAAGCGGGUGGAGGGUUAGUGUUCUGGCAUCCCAAGGGUGCUGUUGUAAGGCAUAUUAUAGAAGAUGCGUGGAAGAAGAUUCAUAUUCAACGUGGUUAUGAUCUACUUUACACUCCACAUGUGGCAAAGGCAGAUCUAUGGAAGAUCAGUGGUCAUCUGGAUUUCUACAAAGAAAAUAUGUUUGAUCAGAUGGAGAUUGAGGAAGAACUUUAUCAGCUUCGGCCAAUGAAUUGCCCUUACCAUAUACUUGUUUACAAAAGGAAGUUACACUCGUACAGGGAUUUUCCAAUCAGGGUUGCAGAGCUUGGAACGGUAUAUAGAUAUGAAUUAUCUGGUAGCUUGCAUGGCCUGUUCCGUGUGAGAGGUUUUACCCAGGAUGAUGCACACAUAUUUUGUUUAGAACAUCAAAUAAAAGAUGAAAUUAGGGGUGUACUGGAUCUUACUGAGGAAAUAUUGCUGCAAUUUGGUUUUGAUAAGUACGAAGUAAACCUUUCCACAAGGCCAGACAAAGCUGUGGGAAACGAUGAUAUAUGGGUGAAAGCAACCUCUGCCUUGAAGGAUGCUUUAAAUGAUAAAAGAUGGAGCUAUCAGAUUGACGAAGGUGGUGGUGCUUUCUAUGGUCCAAAGAUUGAUCUCAAAAUUGAGGAUGCUCUUGGAAGGAAGUGGCAAUGCUCAACCAUACAGGUGGAUUUUAAUUUACCCCAGCGUUUUGACAUUACCUAUGUUGAUUCGGACCAAGAGAAGAAGCAGCCCCUCAUGAUUCAUCGUGCAGUUCUGGGAUCCUUGGAGCGGUUUUUUGGAGUUCUCAUAGAGCAUUAUGCUGGUGAUUUCCCCUUGUGGCUUUCUCCUACCCAAGCUCGGAUAUUACCAGUCACAGAUGCACAGCUUGAAUACUGCAACGAGAUAUGGAGGAGAUUGAAAGCUAACGGUCUUCGGACUGAAAUCUGCAGUGGGGAGCGUUUGCCUAAGCUUAUUAGAAAUGCAGAGAAGCAGAAAAUCCCAUUGAUGGCUGUUGUUGGCCCCAAAGAGGCAGAAACACAAACUGUAACUGUUAGGUCUAGGCAUGGCGGGGAGUUGGGGACUAUGCCAAUUGAUGAAUUUAUCACCCGAAUCAAGUGUGCAGUUGAGAGCAGAACAUUCCUCUGAACUUAGGUUGUCCUCUAACGACAUGCUACAAGCUUAAUAGGUAAUUUUUUUGAGUAUAAAAAAUAUAUACAUUCUGUAGAUCGAUUUGUAGUUCUUACUUCACUGUGUAAAGUGGCACUAUCAAGAACAUUUGAUAUUAGUUAAUACAAAAACAUAAGAGUUAAUUAACUCUUUUAACUGGAGCA